AUGGGCAGAAUGAUAAGCUUGAAUGGUGCUAAUUAUCAUCUGUGGAAAGGCAAGAUGGAGGAUUUGCUUUUCGUGAAGGAAUUCCAUAUUCCGGUAUUUCAAGAGAAGAAGCCUGAGAAGAAAACUGAUGAAGAAUGGAUCUUGAUGCAUCGCCAAGUCUGUGGUCUGAUAAGGCAGUGGGUUGAUGAUAAUGUUUUGCAUCAUAUUGAAAAUGAGGUUAAUGCUCGUUCUUUGUGGUUGAAGCUGGAGCAGCUGUAUGCUCGGAAGACCGGGAACAAUAAAAUGUACAUGAUCAAAAAGUUGAUUGAGCUCAGAUAUCAGGAGGGAACUCCGAUGACAGAUCACUUGAAUGAGUUUCAGGGAUUGCUCAACAAGCUUUGUGAUAUGGGCAUCAAGUUUGAUGAUGAGAUUCACGGUUUGUGGCUUCUUGGUACAUUACCAGAUUCUUGGGAGGUGUUCAGGAUGUCUCUUUGUAACUCUGCAUCGGAAGGUACCAUUUCGAUGGACUUAGUGAAGAACAGUGUUUUGAAUGAGGAAGCAAGAAGGCAGUCAAAUGCUAGUUCUUCGCGUUCAGAUGUUCUGGUUUCUGAGUCAAGGGGGAGGAGUACAUACAGAGAG